AUGGAACAAGCAUUGAGGAUAUUUGCUUUCUUGGAUACAUUUCCAAAAUUGACCUUGUACUAUGAUUAUAGGGCGCCAAACUUGGAUUACUCCAAAUUGAGGUCCUCUAGAGAAGAUUUCCAGGCAUACUACCAAGACGCAAAAGAGGAAAUGCCGCACAACGCACCCAGGCCAAGGGGACGAAGCGUAGGGAGUACCGCAUGGGUAGAUGCUUCUCAUGGUGCUAACAAGAAGACACAAAAGUCACAUACGAGUUCCGUGAUUUUCCUCAAUCAAGCUCCCAUAUUAUGGCACAGCAAAAGGCAGAAUACAGUAGAAGCGAACACUUUUGGAUCAGAGUUCAUUGCUUUGAAAGCAUGCAUUGAGGCCAUCACACAUUUGGGAUUCAAGUUAGGGAUGUUUGGAAUCCCUUUGGAAGAUGAACCAACACACAUAUUUUGCGACAAUGAGAGCAUGGUGACAAAUGCAACAAAGGUUGAAUUGACCUUGUACCAUUAUAUGAGAUGGAACAUGGCUGCUGGAGUUGUUGAUGUAUCAUGGACACCAGGAAUGUCAGCCUUGCUGAUGCCUUCACAAAGCAAUUGA